UUCGGAUCAUAAAACUCGGCUUCUUCCUCCCAAAUCUCGUACCGAACAUUUGGAUCGCGAACGAGCCAUCACCAUGCGUCACCUGUGCUUUAUCCUACUCGCCGCAACCCUCUCGGAGGUGUCACAUGCCCAGAAUGAGACCGGAUCGAACUGCUGCGCGGAUCUUGCUCUCAGUUCGGUAUCCCUGAGGGUCAGCUACCCCGGAGAAGCAGCCUACGAAGCUAGCCUGGCAUCCUAUUUCGAUGGGAAGAGCAGAUUGUCGCCCAGCUGCAUUGUGCAACCGCAGUUUGCCGAAGAAGUGUCGGGCAUCGUGAAAGUUAUCACGGCCGCAAGCUCUUCAAAGCCGUGCCAAUUCGCUGUUCGAUCUGGUGGCCAUACCCCGAUUCCUGGCGCCAACAAUGUAAACGAUGGAAUCACCAUCGACCUUCUCUAUAUGAACGGGACCACCUACAAUGCUGACACUGGACUUGCAAGCAUUUCACCAGCCGCUCGUUGGGGCUCCGUCUACCAGGCUCUUGAGCCACUGGGUCGGAUGGUAGCUGGAGGCCGUGGGUCGACUGUUGGCGUGGGAGGCUUCCUUCUCGGUGGUGGCAUCUCACACUACGCUCCCCGAGUCGGUCUAUCCUGCGACAACGUCGCAAAUUUUCAAGUCGUACUUGCAAAUGGUAGCAUCGUGUACGCUAACAAGAACACAGACCCUGAUCUGUUCACUGCACUCAAGGGUGGCAGCAGCAAUUUCGGCAUCGUGACCAGAUAUGAUAUGGAGACCUUUGAGAGUGAAGAUCUAUGGGGAGGGAUCGUCACAUACCCGGCUUCCACUGUGGACCAGCAUUUCAAGGCACUCGUCAAUUUUGGUCUCGACCCGAACCGGGAUCCCAAUGCUGCGCUGAUCGUUUUCCAAGGCUACUCGACUGCCAGCCCUACUGAUGUUGUGCGCGCGGCGUUCGAUUACACCAAGCCUGUUGUGCGUCCGGACGCGUACAAAGAGUUCUUCGCUGUUACCAACAAUAUCUCUGAUACUACAAAGAUCCAACCCAUGAGCGCAAUCUCGGCCGAGUUCGGCAGCGAUACUACCAAGAGGGUCCAGUUCCGCACCGUCUCGUUCAAAAUCGACCUCGCUACCCUGCAAGAGACAGCCCGCCUCUACAAACUAGUCAUCACAGAGCUCCAAGCAAAAGCAUCCGGCCAAUGGCGCGUGUCCUGCCUACACCAAGUAUGGUCCACCAGCUACACGGCAGACAGCGAGGCCAAAGGCGGUAACGUGCUUGGCAUGGAGCGGUAUACCGAGAAUUUUAUUAUGUACCAAUCUUAUCUCUCGUGGUCUGAAGCCAAGGACGAUGAAUUGUUCAUCGAUCUAGGUAUCAUGCUGACUGAUGGAAUACAAAAGUUUGCCGCGAGCGCGGGUACCGACGUGAAGUAUCUGUAUCUCAACUAUGCGGACAAAGACCAAGAUCCCCUCACGUCGUAUGGAGCGGAUAAAGUGGAUUUCAUGAAGGCUGUGGCGGCGGAAUAUGACCCUUCUGGAGUCUACCAAAAUUUGCUACCUGGAGGUUUCAAGAUUUCGAAGGCAUAG